AAAUAUUUUUUGUGUUUCUCUAAACCCUGUAUUGUUGACACCCGUGAACCCCAAUAAAUACCAACAAAUAGGUCGAGAAACACAUACGAUAGAAUCAUAAUUUACAAAACACAAAAUCACAACAUGUUUUCUUCACCAAGAGAAAUGCCUUCACCAUCUUCAAUUUUCUCAGCAUAUGCAUCCAUGACAGCUUCAAUCAUGCUACUUCGUUCCAUGGCACAAGAACUCAUUCCUCAACCAAUUCGUGGUUACCUUUUAAACACUUUCCGCUACUUCAUAAAACCACGUUCCUCAACACUCACUCUCAUCAUAGAAGAAUCAACAGGAAUAGCAAGAAACCAAGUCUAUGAUGCAGCAGAAUCUUAUCUCUCAACAAGAGUUACUCCAGAAAACGAAAGACUCAAAAUCAGCAAAGUCCCAAAAGAGAAAAAACUCACAAUUCGAUUAGAAAAAGGCGAAAAAUUAACCGAUGUUUACCAAGGUGUUAGUCUCAACUGGAGAUUCAUUUGUGCUGAAACAGAGAAAAACAGUGCAAAUGAUAUGCAGAACAGUAACAACAGUAUCUCAGUUAGAUCAGAAAAAAAAUAUUUUGAACUUAGUAUUCACAAAAAGUUUAAGGAAAUUGUUUUAGAAUCUUAUCUUCCUUUCAUUCUUGAUAAAGCUAAAGAGAUGAAAGAAGAAGAAAGAGUGUUGAAAAUGCAUACUUUAAACACUACUUAUUGUUACAGUAGUGUGAAAUGGGAUUCUAUAAAUCUUGAACAUCCUUCAACAUUUGAAACACUUGCAAUGGAACCAGAAUUGAAGAAUGAAAUUAUACAAGAUUUGAAUAUGUUUGUGAAGAGAAGAGAGUUUUAUAAGAAAGUUGGAAGAGCUUGGAAACGUGGUUAUUUGCUAUAUGGUCCUCCUGGAACUGGAAAAUCUAGUUUGAUUGCUGCUAUGGCUAAUUAUUUGAAGUUUGAUAUAUUUGAUCUUCAACUUGGGAAUAUUGCUAGAGAUUCUGAUCUUAGAAAGUUGCUUCUUGCUACUGCUAAUAGAUCUAUUUUGGUUAUUGAAGAUAUUGAUUGCAGUGUUGAUAUUCCUGAACGUGGUGGUAGGCAUGGAGAUGGACAGAAACAGCAGACUGAUAUACAGUUGACAUUAUCUGGAUUACUAAACUUCAUAGAUGGAUUAUGGUCAAGUUGUGGAGAUGAAAGAAUCAUCAUAUUUACAACAAACCACAAAGAAAGAUUAGAUCCAGCUCUUUUAAGGCCAGGAAGAAUGGACAUGCACAUUCACAUGUCCUAUUGUUCUUAUGAAGGUUUCAAAGUUUUGGCCUCAAAUUACUUGGAAAUUUCUCAUGAUACCCCCUUAUUUGGAGAGAUUGAAGGACUAAUUGAAGACAUACAAAUAACACCGGCACAAGUGGCGGAAGAAUUGAUGAAGAGCGAAGACGCCGAGGCGACACUUGAAGGAUUUGUGAAGUUACUUAAAAGGAAGAAGAUGGAAGGUGAUGUGUGUGAGAACAAUAAUAAAAUAGAACAAGAGAAGCAAUCUAAAAAACGUAAGGUUAGUUGCAAGCAAAAAAGAGGAGGUGCGAAUAGCAAAAGCAAUGUUGGUGUUACUCUAAGAAGGACAAGAGGAAUUAAAUAAGAUUGAAAGAGCUGCUACUAAUUUUGUCUAGAAAGAAAAAAAAAUGUUGCUUAUUAUCUAGGCUUAAGGUUUUAAUUUGUUUGUUGUAAUCUUUUGCUAAGGUUACAUUUCCAUCCAAACUGUACUCGAACUAUUUUUACUAUUUGAGAAGAAAAUAAUGAGAGACAGAUUGUGUUUGAGAGUACUAUAGUAGUAUCACUAAGUGAUAGAUUAAACUUCAUUGUGA